GCACACUCACACAAACACACAUUCCAUCGGGCGGAGUCCGUGACGUGUCGUGCUGUUUGUGAAUGAGCUGCAGCGAGCUGUGCUCACCUCUCAGAGUCCCAGCCAAGCCCAGCAGCGGAGAGAGGAAGGAAAAGUUUUUCCAAAUGGAUUUCUUUGGUGGAAUCAAACGUUAUUUGUUUUCAUACGUACUUCUCAGUGGCAUAUUUAUUACAAUACAAACUAAAGAAGAAAUGCUUUUGGACAUGAGGGCGUCAGGAGAUGAACUGGGCUGGCUGACUUGGCCCUUAGAUCAGGGAGAGAAGACCGGGUGGGAGGUUGUCCAGAGGACUCUAAAUGGCUCUCAGUUCUACACGUACUCCAUCUGCAACGUGGAGGAGCGUGAGCAGGACAACUGGCUGCGCACCACCUUCAUCCAGCGGCAUCCAUUGGCCUCGCGGGUUUUUGUGGAACUUAAGUUUAUCGUACGCGACUGCAACUCUUUCGACGGAGCCUCAUUAGUAUGCAAGGAAACCUUCAACCUCUAUACGUCUGAAUCGGAUGCAGAUGUGGGCACUACCUUCCGCAAGAGCCAGUUUAAGAAGGUGGCCACCAUAGCUCCGGAUGAGAUCACCGGCAAAAAUGAAAUGCACAUCAACACAGAGACGCGAGUGGUGGACGGGCUGUCUCGAAAAGGUUUCUACUUGGCCUUUCAAGACAUCGGAGCCUGCAUCGCUCUUCUCUCCGUCAGGGUCUUCUACAAAACCUGCCCGGGCACCGUACAGAAUCUCGCCACGUUCCCUGAGACGGUGGCCGGAGGUGAGAACCAGCCACUUACGAAAGUGAGCGGGGUAUGCGUGGAUAACGCAGCCAGUGAGGAGUCACCUCGCAUCUACUGCACUGAGGAAGGGAAGUGGGCGGUGCAGGUCGGACAGUGCCAGUGCAAACCGGGCUACGAAGAGGUCAAAGAUGCAUGUCAAGAAUGUCGGCCUGGCUCUUUCAAAGCGGAGGCAUCGAGUGACGCGUGCGAGCCAUGUCCUGCCAACACCGAUACGCUGGAACAUGGUGCUGUGCUUUGUCCCUGCAAGGAUGGCUUCUUCCGGGCCCCAACCGACCCCACUACUGGACCCUGCUCAGGCCCCCCCUCUGCACCACGAGAUCUUUCGGCUGUCCGUCAGCCCUCCGUGGGAAGACUCAUCCUCUCCUGGACCCCCCCUGAAGACACCGGAGGUCGUAAUGACAUCACCUACAGCGUGGAAUGCCAGCGCUGCGAUGGGGUUGUGUGUCAGCCCUGUGGGGAGAGAGUUCGCUAUGAGCCGGGCAGCACGAAGCUGACUGAGGCCAGGGUGUCAGUGAGCGAGCUGGAAGCUCACCUCAACUACACCUUCAUCGUGCAGGCGCACAGCGGCGUGUCGCAGUUGGCUAGUGAGGCUCAGCGGCCAGCAUCCAGGAGCAAUGUCACCAUAUUUCUGCACUACACAGAUCCCCCCCAAAUUACCACAAUGCGACUGGUGGGACGGACCUCCACCAGCUUGGCUCUUUCCUGGGAUGUAUCCCCUCGACCACGUGCCCAGCUUCACGUCCGGUAUAAACUAACUUACCACAAGAAGGAUGAUAACCUUGAUAAGACUACCUACACCGUGCUCACGCUCGACAAGAACUCGGCGCAAAUCAAAGAUCUGGCCCCGGGUACGGCCUACCUGUUCAUUGUGCAGGCCCUCGGCAGCGAUGACAACUCCGAAGGCUCCAGAAUGGAAGAGCAUUUCGAGACCUUGACUGAAGGAAGCCCGUCUCAGAACUACACUGUCUUAUUAGUGGCGGCAGUUGGGGUGGCGAUGAUGCUGAUCGUAGUGUUCGCGUUCCUUUUCUUCCACAGACGAAAAAGGAACUCUCACACCAGGCAAGGACCAGAGGACACGUACUUCUCCACCCCAGAACAAUUGAAGCCUCUGAAAACUUACGUGGAUCCACACACAUACGAGGACCCCAACGUGGCCGUCCUCAAGUUUGCCACCGAAAUCCACCCCAGCCACAUAACCAAACAGAAAGUCAUCGGAGCUGGGGAGUUUGGCGAGGUGUACCGCGGUAUUCUGAAAGCGCCGGGGAGGAAAGAGGUGGCAGUGGCUAUCAAGACACUGAAGCCUGGCUACACCGAGAAACAGAGGCAGGACUUUCUGAGCGAGGCCUCCAUCAUGGGCCAGUUCUCCCACCAGAACAUCAUUCGCCUAGAGGGAGUGGUUACCAAAUGUAAGGGUUUCUUUAAACACGCCAUGAUCGUAACUGAAUACAUGGAGAAUGGAGCUCUGGAUAGGUACCUUAGGGACCAUGAUGGUGAGAUUUCGUCCUUCCAGCUGGUGGGCAUGCUGCGUGGCAUCGCUGCAGGCAUGAAGUACCUCUCUGACAUGAGCUACGUCCACCGAGACCUGGCUGCCCGCAACAUCCUCGUCAACAACAACAUGGAGUGCAAAGUGUCUGACUUCGGCCUGUCCCGGGUGCUGGAGGACGAUCCUGAGGGGACGUACACCACAAGUGGAGGUAAAAUUCCAAUUCGCUGGACAGCUCCAGAGGCAAUAGCAUACAGGAAGUUCACCUCGGCUAGUGACGUGUGGAGUUUUGGCAUAGUCAUGUGGGAAGUUAUGGCUUUUGGAGAAAGACCUUACUGGGACAUGAGCAACCACGAGGUGAUGAAGGCCAUCAAUGAAGCUUUCAGGCUCCCGGCACCUAUGGACUGUCCCUCAGCCGUUUAUCAGUUGAUGCUGCAGUGCUGGCUCCAGGAUCGCGCCAAGAGGCCACGUUUCGGAGACAUAGUGAGCCUGCUGGACAAGCUGCUGCGCAGCCCAGAGUCCCUGAAGACCAUUGCAGACUUUGACCCACGCGUAUCCAUCCGCUUGCCAAGCACCAGCGGCUCAGAUGGCUCUCCCUUCAGGUCGGUGUCUGAAUGGCUGGAGUCCAUCAAGAUGAGCCAGUACAGCGAGAACUUCACCUGCGCCGGGAUUGUCACCAUGGAACAAGUCCUGCAGAUGAAAACUGAGGAUAUUAAGAACAUUGGAGUGAGGCUGCCUGGACAUUUGAAAAGAAUUGCCUACAGCAUCUUGGGCUUAAAGGACCAGACCAGCACACUGAGCGUGUUUGCAGUGUGAUCCUUAUAAUGAAGGGAAUUCAAAUCAGGCACUGCAGCCGGCAGCCCUUUGAACUCUAAACGGAGCUGGAGCACUACUGCGGGGAUGGCUUGGGAUCAUCAGAAUCAAGAGGACUGUGCCAUCCUUUCAGGCUGACUGAAUAAGACAAGCUUACUGUACAUUUUUUCUGAUUUCUUCUUAUCUACAGGGAAUGGAGCAAAUACACACCGACAAAUAUAUCAAGUAGACUGUGUAUAUUUGAAUAUCUAUUUUUUUACUAUCCAUAAUUUCUGUACAGAUGCAAUUUUAUCUUUAUUUUCUCUUUCUUUCUUUUUUUUCCAUCUACGGUUCAUAAAACGGUCUACUCCUUGGGAUGCUUUACACAAAUCGUACCCUGAGCUUGUUGUAUCCAGUACCAAACAAACAAGCGAAGGCACAGUCAAGGUGUGAUCAGCCUUUUUGUUGUGACUGUGGUCGGCAGUGAUGUCACAAAACCUUCCUUUAAUUGGCACCUUGCUCCAUUUCCUGUUAGGCCGGCCGGUGAGGACGGAGCGCCGCAGUGGCUGAAAUGAGCUUGAGCUGGCCCAGAGAUAAAGAGAUGGUGUUGCCUGGGUGCAUAAACACAGAUGGACCUUGUGUUUUUACUGGCCGCCUCCUGGCUGUGUGCAGAAAUUAAGCUAUAAUCUUAUAAGUGAUGUUUAUAUGAGAAGAAAAAGAGAGGACAUAUGUGAGGUACUCUAUGUGUACAGAAUCCCCCCUCUCUUAGUUUAUAGGAACGAAAACCUACAAUGAAGCACUUGGAUCGAAGAAUCAAGAAUUGCAGUAGUUUGCAAUUCCACUCAAAAGUUUCUAUUGGAAUGCAGCACGUUUGUUUGUAGUGUGCCAGCAAACGAAGAGGGGGAAAAAGAAAAAAACAUACCCUGGGGGAAAAAUGGUGAGGAUUAAAUAAUGAGUGGUUGUGGUUGAGACAAUUUCACACUAAAUAAUAGUUUGGUUUGCAAUUUCAAUGUCUCCUUUAGUUUUGUAAAAGCUUUACAGACAUUCGUUCAUAUUCUUGUUGGUUUGGGUAACACGUCGACUGGAUGAAGCUCUAUCAAUAGACAGUUGCUUGAUUUCCGACAUUUAAAGACUUUAUCUUUUUGUUAAAGUGCCUCUUUCUAGGAGUUUAGCGAGAGUUUGCUUCCGUCUAUAUAAAAGAAGCGGCUCUAUAAUGUAGUGGAUAGUGGACAGUGUGCCCCAGUGCUUUAAUUGAUGACUGCAAUGCGUUGUGUUACUGAUGUACACCUUCCUUUACUUGAAUUUUUAAUGUAUUUUCAAAGUGUAUCUAUGAUUCUGUUGUAGCAGUUAGACACCCAUCUUUGGAAAAGGGAUUUUUUUUAUUACUGUGUUUUAUUGAUUGCAGUUACAUUUUGUAUAGUUUUCAUGAUUUCGCUAUUUACCAACUACCAAACAGAUUAUUUUUCUAAGUUCAUCACUUUCCAAAGCAGCAUCUCCUACUUCUUUUGCUUUCUUCCUUCAUCAAAGAGCAAUUUCCUCCCUUUGUGCCUGUUGUUUUAUACUGUAUUUAAUAGCGUAUUUAUUUUGAACUUGUAUUUAUUUAUCCUGAUAAACAUUGAGCUGGGUUUAUAAUUGGAGCUUGCUCUCUUAUUGUCAGUAAUUUAAAAAAAAAAAAAAAAAAAAAAAGCUGUAAUGUCCCUUUUUUUUUUUUUUCAUUCCUGGUUUCUUUUUACUGCCUUUGUUGCAUUUGCGGAGCAAUAAAGUCUCGAGUUUGGCAAAGCCCGUUGCAUGAUGGACAUUAAAACAAGCAGAAGAAUGUGUCUUUUAAAAGACGCCAUGUUUUUACACCCACCUGGGUAUGCUGAUGCUAUUGGGUGUUUUUAAUUCUAGAGUUGGAAACUAUAAAAAAAAGUCCUCAACGAACUCUUUGGAAACAGAUUACAAGGCUGCUCCUGAAAAUGUUUUACAGGAGUUAUAUGAUCUAAUCAACAUUAAAAAAAA